UCUUGCUUGUAUAAUUUGUUAGAAGAGAGAAAGAGACAUCGAGAGAAUAAUUAGCUAGAGAGCUUGGAUUGAUGUCCAAGGACGUGGUGCUGAUCGGGGCGUCCAUGGCGGCGCUGGUGGCGCUCUCCGCCGUCACCUUCUUCUGCUCCAACCGCCGCCGGGGCCGGACCGACGGCGGCCAAGACGACGUGGAGCUCGGGCGGCGCCGGCGGGGUGCCGGGGUCGACGAGGCCGCCCUGGCGACGUACCCGACCUCCGUGUACUGCACCGCGAAGAAGGCCGCCGCCGGAGACGGGGACGAAGGCGGCGGCGACGACAAAGAGAAGGCCGCCGGAGGCGAGGAAGACGACGAUGACGUGGACGGCGCGAGGAGCUGCGCGGUGUGCCUGGGGGAGUACGAGGACGGCGACGAGCUGCGGCGGCUGCCCGGGUGCCGCCACGCGUUCCACCGGGGCUGCGUCGACCAGUGGCUGCGCCGCCGCCCCACGUGCCCCGUCUGCCGCACGCCGCCGCCGCCGCUAGCGCAAGCAAAUCCUAGCUGAUGACCACAUUCUUCAACAGACGACGUUCGUCAUGGCUGCGUCAGCAAUGCAUGCAUGCAGCCAAGAAACUCUGGUGGUCCUGUAGAGAGAUGUGGUGACCAUUUGGAUAGCGCGCAGAGCGGCAGAAUACGGCGUACGUACGUAUUGUACGUUUGUACGUUCCGCUCGCCGUAUAUACGUGUAGAGUAGACUGAUAGAAUUGUUGUAUAUGUAUGUAUGCACGCCUAUCUCUCUCCAAUUCCUCUUCUUUCUUCUUCGUUCCUCUUUAGCUUUUUUUUUCUUCUAGGAGGCGGUUAUGUAUUUUGUUGAAAUCAAAUGAGAAAAUUUCGUUUCGAUCUCUGUU